AUGACUGAUCGAUUUCUUGGUUUGCUUUACAGUGUGGACAAGGUCACAGUAUCCGGAAAGGGCAGGACUGGAACGAAGAGCAAACGAGAGCCUGAUCUUGUGCUGGAGUUGAAGGAUCAAUCGAACAAGACCCUUUGCGAGUUGGGCAUUGGUGAAGGGACCUCACAUGCUCAUAAAAACUACAAGAAUGCCAAAGAUUUCGCGCGUAUCGGCCUGGGAUUGAAAGACGCUCUGGAUCUGAUCCAAGACAAGUACGGCGUGGACAAUGCGACCCUGGUGGGAUAUCGAGCGAUAGCCCAGACAAUGAGCAUCUACCUGAUCCGGCGUUGCGGCAACAUGUACGUUAUGGUCCAUGUCCAUGAUGUCUUGAUCCCUGACAGCAUGAAGGAGCUCGCGACCAUUGGAGCGGAGUACAACAUAUGGUUCGAGUUGGCACUGACAGUCGAGAACGGUAUCAAGCUAGCGCUGAACGCUGCAGCGAAAGGAAAAGUGUCCUCUGGGCGCAGGAAAGGCGCGGUUUCAUACGGUUUCCACCUCAGAGCUGAACAAGCUUCUGAAACGUGCGUAGGAAAUGCGAAGUCGAAGGAGCGAUUGUGA